UAACAUUAUCCAAAUGCAUCGCCAAGUUAGAUCGUCAAGAUCAAGCAAGUUGAUCCACCAAUGCUUGUUCAAAACAACAAGUAGCUUUCAUUCGUGCACUUCUCUUCGACAAGCCACUGUUGUAACACAACCUCUCGUCAACGAUUUCGAUGUCAUUGUCAUUGGAGGUGGACAUGCUGGUACAGAAGCAUGUACAGCCGCUGCUCGAUCCGGAGCAAGAACAUUACUCUUGACGCAAAACAAGGAUACGAUUGGUGAAAUGUCUUGUAACCCUUCUUUUGGUGGUGUGGGUAAAGGUGUCCUUGUUAGAGAAAUUGAUGCUUUGGAUGGUGUAUGUGGUCGCAUAUCCGAUCUUGCUGGUAUCCAAUUCAAAGUCUUGAAUAAAUCAAAGGGUCCCGCUGUUUAUGGUCCAAGAGCUCAAAUUGAUCGUAAAUUAUACAAGAAGCAUUUACAAGAAUAUUUAAAAGAUUAUCCGAACUUGACGAUCCAAUCAGGCAGUGUCGCCGAUCUUGUACUGAACGACCAAGUGACACAAGAGGAACAUAAUAAGAUGGUUUUAAAGGGAGCUUCACAGAUUGUGAAAGGUGUUCGCUUAGACAACGGCCAGAUUAUUAGAGCACCCAAUGUAGUCAUCACCACGGGAACCUUCUUGGGUGGAGAAAUUCAUCUUGGAUUAAAAGUAUGGCCUGCAGGUAGAAUUGGAGAAAACCCAUCCAUUGGGCUGUCAAAUUCAUUGAAAUCAGCGGGAUUUAAAUUGGCUCGCUUGAAGACAGGAACGCCUGCCAGAUUGGAUGGUAGAACAAUUAAUUAUGAUGGACUUGUCAUUCAAGAAGGUGAUAACCCACCAUCUCCAUUUUCAUAUUUAAACAAGACCGUACCUCAUGCCGAUAAUCAAAUUUUAUGUCAUCAAACAUACACCAAUGAUAAAGUGCAUAAAUAUAUUGCACAACAUUUUGAUCAAAGUAUUCAUAUUCGAGAAACUGUGAAGGGUCCUAGAUAUUGCCCAUCGCUUGAAAGUAAGAUCAAAAGAUUCAGCACCAAAGAAGCACAUAACAUUUGGUUGGAACCCGAAGGUUUAGAUGACCACACUGUAUACCCCAAUGGUAUCUCAAACACCAUGCCUGAAGACAUCCAAUUGAACUUUUUGAGAAUGAUUAAAGGUUUAGAAAAUGUGGAUAUGCUCAAACCAGCUUAUGGUGUGGAAUACGAUCAUAUUGAUCCAAGAGAAUUAAGGUCGACCUUAGAAACCAAACGCAUCAGUGGAUUAUUUUUAGCAGGACAAAUUAAUGGUACAACAGGGUAUGAGGAAGCAGCUGCCCAAGGUGUUAUGGCUGGUAUCAAUGCGGGUUUGCAUGCCCAAAAUAAGGCUCCGUUUAUCCUUGAUAGAUCAGACGCAUAUAUUGGUGUCUUAAUUGACGAUUUGAUCACUAAGGGUGUCAAUGAGCCUUAUCGUGUGUUCACUGCAAGAUCCGAAUAUAGAUUACUUUUACGUGCAGAUAAUGCAGACACGAGACUGACAAGAAGAGGUUAUCAAGCUGGUGUGAUUGGAGAAAAACGAUGGGAUCAUUAUAAAUCAACUUCAGUAGCUUUGGAAAGUGCGAUACAAGCAUUACAAGAUAUUAAAAUGCCAGCAAAGCGUUGGGCAGACUACAAUAUUACGCCUACUGGCAAAGUCAGCCAUGACAAUGUCAAUGACAAUGGUUCCAUGAGAAGUGGAAUGGAUUUACUCACUUGGCCAAAUGUUGUCUUGGAACAAUUUCAUGAAUUAAUACCCGCAUUGAAGCACCUAGAGCCUUCCUUAUUAGACCGUAUCAUGAUUGAAGGCCGCUACAAGCCAUUUUUGAAAAGACAAGAAUUAGAAGUUAUGGCUUUGAAGAGAGAUGAACAUUUGGUGUUGGAUAUCAAUUUGGAUUAUUUGCAAAUGGACCAACUUUCAAAUGAAGUUCGACAAAAGCUGGCAGAAGUGCGCCCGGAAACAUUAGGUGCCGCGAAAAGAAUUGAGGGAAUGACGCCAGCAGCGAUGGUUGUAUUAAUGAAAUAUGCGAGACGUACAUACAACAAACCCGUGUUUGCCAAUUAAAUUAGAAACUACCCGAGAAUUAGAUUUGGCAUACUUUUAGAUAAACUAAUGGCAUGCAUAAUGAAGUCACACAAGUGAUGUAGAGAUCAAAGUUUUUUUUGGAAUAAAUA